GAAGAUGCCGGUGAUGGCAGGAGGAGGUCAUUCCUUGGGUCUGUUUGCCCUCCUCUUGCGCUGUCUGGUGGGGUUCUUGCUCCUCUGUUCCUCAGUAUGGACCCUCAACUUAGAUGCAAGUUCUCCAACAGUGUACUCUGGACCCAACGGAAGCUAUUUUGGGUUUGCCUUGGAUUUCUACUGGGACAGUAAAGGCAGCAUGAAUGUGGUGGUUGGGGCCCCAAAGGCCAGCACCUCUCAGACUGGUGUGACGGAGGCGGGUGCUGUCUAUCUGUGUCCCUGGGCACCUAGCGGCAGUGCCUGCACCCCCAUUCCAUUUGAUACCAAAGGUGAUGAGGUCGAGCAGCUGCACAAUGUGGUUUUGAAAACCUUCAAGACUAAUCAAUGGUUCGGAGCAUCUGUGAGCACCUGGAAAGACAACAUUGUGGCUUGUGCCCCUCUGCAGCACUGGAAUGUCAUUUCUGGCGAAGAGGAGGCCACAAAGACCCCUGUGGGCAGCUGUUUCUUAGCCACAAGUGGCCUGCAGCGCUUUGUUGAAUUCUCGCCAUGCCGCGACAUCCGCAUGGAAUCAUUUUACAAGUUGACACUAAAUGCGAAUGACCAGCGCUACUGUGAGGCUGGAUUCAGCUCCGCCAUCUCUGAUUCUGGGAGACUCUUACUUGGGGCUCCUGGUGGAUAUUACUUUGCAGGUCGGAUCUAUUCAUCCAAUUUGUCCAUGGUCCUAGCAAGUGCUCCUCUCAAACAUACCCUUUUGUGGACACCAAAACAGCUGCAAGCCACAGCUUUCACCGCCAUAGACUUCGAAGAUUAUCGAGGGUAUUCAGUGGCUUUUGGGGAGUUGAAUGAGGACCCUGAGUCGCCAGAGUAUGUUGUGGGCGUUCCUAACAAGAGCCUAACGAAAGGAACGGUGCAAAUUUUCACCUUCAGGCGUUACUUCCGUCUUCUGUGGUCGCUCCCCAGUGAGCAGGUGGCAUCCUAUUUUGGGCACACUGUUGCAGUUGCAGAUAUCAACGGUGAUGGAAAAGAUGACAUCCUGGUGGGGGCCCCUCUCUUCAUGGAGCGCCGCUCUGACCGCAAACUCUAUGAAGUGGGAAGAGUUUACUUAUACCUGCAACAGAAGACCCCCACUGCUUACCGCACCCCCUGGCAGAAACUGACGGGCACAGAUGUCUACGGUCGCUUUGGCAUGGCCAUUGCUUCCCUGGGUGACGUAGAGCAGGAUGGAUGCACUGACAUAGCCAUCGGAGCCCCCUUCGCUGGCCAAGAUGAAGGUGGCCGUGUUUACGUCUACCAAGGGCACCGUGAGGGCUUGAGUUCAUCGCCAACCCAGAUCCUUGAGAGUCCCUUCUCUGGGCCGGCUGGGUUUGGCUUCGCCAUACGCGGAGCUUUGGACAUUGAUGCGAAUGGCUACCCUGAUGUGCUGGUUGGAGCUUUCAGAGCCAGCAAGGUGGCUGUGUACAGAGCUCAACCGGUCAUGUUUCUCAAAGCCCAGAUGGUCCUGCCAGGUGUGCUGAACCCAGAGGAGAAAUCAUGUAUGGUAGCAGGAGUACAAGUCAACUGCUUCACAAUUAAGAUAUGUGCCGAAGUGUCAGCAAAGAGGAUUCCUCAGAAAGUCGACCUGAAUGCCGAACUGCAACUGGACCGCAUGAAGCAGAAAUACGGGCGACGGGUUUUGCUGCAGCAGACCAGCCAAUCGAGGCAAACGUUCCUGCUGAAACUUGCAAGGGAGAAAGCUCAAACCUGCCAGGAUGUCAAUGCCUACCUGCGGGAUGAGGCCGAUUUCAAGGACAAACUGAGUCCCAUUGUCGUGAGUUUCAACUUCAGUUUGGCAUCUGCAUCUGCAGACGGGGAGAUGCAGCCUGUGCUGUCCGGCCAAACAGUGGUCCAGGAUCAGACCCGUAUCAUUGUGGAUUGUGGAGAAGACAACGUCUGCAUCCCAGACCUCCGACUCUCCGCUCACACGAAUGAAGGCUCCCUGCUAAUUGGGGCAGAGAAUGUGCUUCUCCUCCACACCACGGCAAUGAAUUCUGGCGAGGGAGCCUAUGAGGCAGAGCUGGUGGUGGAGCUGCCGCACGGAACUUACUUCCAGACAGCUAACAGAGAUGGACAGAAGUUGAUUUGCAACACCCGUAAGGAGAACGAGACCCGCUUGGUGGCCUGUGAAAUUGGCAACCCCAUGAAAUCCAACACCACGAUCCAGGUAGAUGUGGAGCUAAGUGUCAGCCAGCUGGAAGAGGCCAGUGAUAACAUAACUUUGAUGCUGCAGCUAAGAAGCAAGAACAGCAUCAACCCCAAUAGCGCCGUGGAACAAUUGCAGGUGCCGGUCAAGGUUGCUGCAAGAAUGGAACUGCUGGGGAGGUCUGCCCCAGAUGUCGUUGUGGUCCCACUGGCCUUUGGGGACUAUAAGAACAUGAGCAAGGACAUAAAUGACUAUGGACCAAGAGUUGAACAUGUUUACCAGUUGCAGAAUGCUGGCCCUAGCACUGUAUCUGGGGCUGAGCUUAUUGUGGACUUCCCCAGCCACUUCCGGGAAGGCUUCCUGCUUUACAUCGCAAGGGUGAGCACGGAAGGCAACAUCGCCUGUUCACCCACCAACGACACCAAUCCUCUGAAGCUGAAAGUCCAGGAGCCCACAACUGCUCCCAGCUACAAUAUGACUGCCCAACCACGGCACUUGCGUGAGAGGCGGGAUGUGAACUCGGCAGCGCUGCAAGAACCCAUUGUGGUGAACUGUAGUAGCCAAGACUGUGCCGUCAUCUGCUGCCAAGUGGGGACUCUGGAGAUAGGGCAAGGAGCCAUGGUGACCAUCCACGCAGUGCUGUGGCUGCAGACUUUCCACGAGCACCCCAUGAAGGAGCAACUCCUCAUCCAGUCUCAGGCCCGAUUCAACACUUCAGGGAUGCCGUACCGCAUUCAGCCGGAGGUUCUGCCAAACGGAUCCUCUCUGACUAAGACACUGGUGGAGUGGGUGGAACCGGCUGCCGAUAUUCCUGUGUGGUGGAUCAUAGCAGCUAUAGUGGCCGGACUUUUCCUCCUUGCAAUCUUCAUUAUCGUUCUUUGGAAGACGGGCUUUUUCAAGAGGAAGCGGCCACCCACAGAGGAAGAGGAACAAUUGUCCCAAUGACCCUGGGGCAAAAACAUCUGUGAAGGAGCAGUAGUGGGUGAUCCUCACACAAACACACAUCCGCCAGUGUGAUCUCAUUUCUGCCUGGAUCCGUCCCUCCCUGUUCCCUGUUCAGCUAGACCCUUUUUCUGAGACCCCCCCCUUUGCUCCGCAAUUUAACACCCUUCCUCAGCUAUACUUCUGCAGGCAUCCCAUUCUCUUGCUAAACAGAUGCCCACAGUAGACAGUAUCCACAUUCAUGGUUAGCGCCACAGAAGAGUGAUUCCUUCACCCUUAAAAACAAGGUGCUGACUGGAAGACACAGGCCAUCCAUGAAAUUAAAAACAAAACAAAAACUCAUUAAUUCUUAAGUGGAAAAAAAUAGGCCUUGGAGAAACAAGUAGGGAGGGG